AUGGACAGAGCCAAAGAAGCUAUUGUUGCGUCAUUUAACAACAAGAAAGAAAAAUACCGUAGCAUUUUUGAAUUCAUUGACAAAAGAUGGAAUGUUCAACUCCAUCGACCUUUGUACGCAGCCGGAUAUUUCUUGAAUCCAGAGUAUUUUUACUCAAACCUUAACAUAGAAAAUGAUACAAAAGUGAUGGAGGAUUUGUACAAGUGCAUAUCUAGAUUGUUGAGAGCUGAUUGGUGGUCUUCUUAUGGUGCAUCAACACCUGAAUUAAAAACAUUUACAAUGAAGAUUUUGAUACUCGCAUGCUCUUCUUCAAGUUGUGAACAUAAUUGGAGUGUUUUUGAACAUAUACAUUCUAAGAAAAGAAAUAGAUUAUCUCAACAACGAUUGAAUGAUUUGUUGUUGGGAAAAUUGGAUGACAGUAAUAUAGACAAUGAUAAUGAUUUUGCCUAUGAAGGUGAAGAUUUGCGUUGGAGUGAUGUAGCACGAGCAUCUGGGGUUGGUGAAAGUGCAUAUGACUUUCGAUUUCAAAAUGCAUCUUCUUCAAAAGGGGCAUCAUCAUCUGCAUCAGCAAAAAGAAAGCAAUUUUCAGCUCAAACUAGUCUUGUAAAUGAAGAAGAGAUUAACCUUGACGAUGAAACUGAUGAAGAUACUGAUGGAUACAAAUCAAGCGAUUGA